AUGGCAGCUUGGCGACUGCUUCUAUCUGCCUUUGUCUUUGAAGCUCUACUCUGGGGACUCCCGCUCUCGUUUGGGGUCUUCCAAAACUACUACACUCAACUUCCUCAAUUCAAAGAUGACCCUUACGUCUCUGUCAUCGGCAUCGUGGCAUCUGGCCUGACCUACAUGGCCGCCCCGAUUAUCAUCCCUUUCACACUGGUUGCAAGCGCAGGGUCCAUCCUCCUCCUUUGUCUUAUCGCAGGCUCUUUCGCCACAACAAACAAAACACUCGUGCUCACACUGGGAGUCAUGUAUGGCCUACGGUUCCCGAUCAACGAGUUCUGGAUCGCUCGACGGGGUAUGGCUUACGGUCUUGUAUGUGCUGCUUCUGGCGUCUCCGGUGCGGUAUUCCCAUUCGCGAUCGAAAAACUCCUCGUGCGAUAUGGCUUCCAGACGACACUUCGAAGUAUAGCGAACGGGUUAUUCGUUUUGACUGGGCCGUUGCUACUAGGUUUCAAGGGCCGCCUACCAGAGAGUGACCAAUCGCUCCUGGCAGGACCGAUUGGUCAUUCCUUAGGACGAAUCUGUUCUGGGUCUACAGUGCCAGCAACCUUGCACUGGGCUUGGGAUACUUGUUCCCGUCACUAUAUUUGCCCUCGUACGCAACAGCGAAUGGAAUGA